UCAACGCCACCACAGUGGCAGUGGUAACUAUUCGUCAGGAAUCAGAGUUCUUGAACGUCGUCCGUGUAGAAGCACAGUAUCGGCACAUUGAGAUUUUUGAUUCAACUGGACAGCAACAAACCAUACAAAUCACUCAAAAAACCAUGCCAAAGGCUGACCAUUUCAACCCCUUUGUGAUAGAUGGUGGGAAGCGCAUCGGUUACCAUCGUUACAAGAGCCACCUUCUCAAGAGUGGAGAAGAUAUCCAAAGAAAUACCCACAAGCUCGAAUCUCCACAUCCGGAUGUAGGACUGUUUAGGGUGUCGGGAAUCUUUCCAACAUUUUCCAAAGACGGCUCCAAGCUUGCAUUUGUGGACAACGAGUUCAAGGCCGUGUGGGUAGCCGAUAGUAAAGGAUUGCGUAUUGUUUACCAGGCGAAAGGCCCAGACAACGUCUUCUCGCCAGUUUGGAAUCAAAACCCAGAAAAGGAUAUAUUGUAUGUUAACAUGGGACGUUCUUUCCAGUCUAAAGAAACACUACACAUUUGCGCUAUUCUCAACGUGUCCAAUGGUGCACAUCGUCUCGAACAACUCACAAAAGCUUCCAAUAAUGCCUUCCCAUCCACCAAUCCAAACGGGACGAAAUUAGUUUUUCGAUCUACAAGAGAUGGAGGAGAUGAAAGAUACAAGAAUCUAUACAUAAUGGAGAACGCAGAAUUAGGGGAAUAUGGAGGUGAAAUAAAGAGGCUAACAACUGGGCAUUGCAUUGACACACAUUGCCAAUGGUCCCCAAGUGGAGAUUGGAUAGUAUUCUCGUCAACCUGCGACAAACCUAAAGGUGCACCAAAAAAAGACAACGAUCUUGACCCAGGAUACUUUGCGGUGUUUCUAGUGAAGGUGGAUAAUCCGUUAGUGGUGGUAAGAGUGAUGGAAAGUAGUGAUUUUGUGAGAGUGAUGCAAAGUAAAAAUGAUGUUGCAGGGCAUGUGAACCAUCCAUUCUUCAGUCCAGAUGGAAAGAGCAUCGUUGUGACUGCAGAUCUUGCAGCAGUGUCAGUUGAUCCUGUCUCUCUGCCUCGCUUCCUGCACUCUGUGAGGCCUUAUGGAGAUAUCUUCACUUUCGACAUUGACCAGGAUGACAUAAAUAAGAACAAGAAUGUGAAGAAGUUCAAGCGCAUCACACAUAGUAGAUAUGAGAAUUCCACUGGUACUUGGACCAUGUUCUCAACUCAAGACCCGAAUGCAGCAUGGAACAUGCUUUUAAAUAAAGUCUUCGUUCCGUCUUGUCCUUAUGCACAUCACGAUGGAGGUGAAAGUUGGCACAUGACUGGCCACCUUUGCAUCCCAAAAAGAUGUUGUUAAUUGCCUUAUGUUCCUAUCUUCUCUUUGGCGCUUUUAGUGGUCAUUGUGGAUGCUAUGGUAUUCUGCUAUUGAACUGUUCAGGUGUUGCUCUUUUGGUGUUGCUGUUUCAAGGACGGGUAUAUUGAUGAUUCUAUCUCAGUGGUUCUCUUCUGCUUUUGUUGUGAUUGAUUCUUUUCAGUGGUCUUCUUUUGCUUUUGAGAAAGGUUAUACGGGGCUGGUUUCCUAGAGGUUGGUUUGAAGGUGCACUUCCAGAGUUCAAAUGGAUGAUUACUCAGUGUUAACUUUCCUUCCUCAUUAUCAUUAGCUGUUUUUCACUAAGUGUUUUGUUGAUUGUUAAAUGGAUUAAGUUGUGUUGUUUGUGGGUUUCAAGCUCUUUAUUUAUUUAUUUAUUUAUUUGAACAGCAAAAAAAAUAGACCUUUA